UUCGGGGAACCUUCCGAGGCAGUCGUUUGGAAGGACAAAGAAGAAGCCAAGACACCUAGGCUGAUGUACUACUGCACAACCAAAAUCUCACCCUCUUUCUGCAAGGGGUCGAUGGGAUCCCUCCUAAUCGUCAUCCCUUCCUUCUCUAGCUAAAACUGAAGCCAUCUCCCUUCCACCCCUUGUAUUCAUUCUUUAGAUUGCACAGGAUAAGAGAAGAACAGAAGGAAAGCAUACAUAACGUGCUGCUGGUUUUUCAGUUUGGGUAUCUUAAGGGAAUCUUACGGGACUUGAAGAUGGCGUUCGCCCAUGGAAGAGAUAUGUUUGACUUUACGGAGCAAGAAGAGGCCUGGAAGCAUGCUCCUUUUUUGCUUUCCUCCUCUUCCACCUCGUCCCCGUCGUCGUCCUCUGCUCCUUUCAGGUGGAACGACGGCUCGUCGAGCAGUAGCCGCCGUGGCGAUGAUUCCUUUAUCGAAAAGGAGCACAUGUUCGACAAGGUGGUAACGCCGAGCGACGUCGGCAAGCUCAACCGACUGGUGAUCCCGAAGCAGCACGCCGAGAAGUACUUCCCGCUGGAUGCGGAGGCCCACGGGAAAGGGCUGCUGCUCAGCUUCGAGGACCGCAACGGCGAGUCGUGGCGCUUCCGGUAUUCAUACUGGAGCAGCAGCCAGAGCUACGUGAUGACCAAGGGAUGGAGCCGCUUCGUCAAGGAGAAGCGGCUCGUCUCCGGGGACACCGUCUCCUUCGGUCGUGGCGUCGGCGAGUCCGGUCGCGACCUCCUUUACAUCGACUGGAAGCGGAGGCCUGAGAACCAUGGCGCAACCCGGGCGUCUCGGAUCUCUUUCCAUGGAGCAUCCUUUGCGCAAUCUGCAGGACCGUGGGGUGGUCACCUCUUCAUGCCUCGUCCUCCUCCUCCUCCUCCGGCGACGGUAUACGACCACCACCGCCUGGGGUAUGGAUACAAUGUUGUGAGUGCGAGUGCUCUUGGGGGGCAGUAUCUUUUCUACCAAUCUCCGGUGACGGGGCCAUCACCGGUCCAGUUGCAACCUGGUGGCGGUGGUGGCUCGCCCAUGGCUCAUGAUUCGGUGUCCGUCGUCCACAGCCAGGCUACGGCCAAGAACGUAAGGCUGUUUGGAGUAAACCUCGUCUGCACCGGAACGGAAAGCAAAGCCAAUGGCAGUAACCAAGGCGCAUCAUUUAGUUGUCUAAGGUCGCAAGAGGCAUCUACUCUCCCUCUCCUCCAAUUUCAGCAUAGCAGCGCCGAAUCCUCGCUGGUUUCGUCUUCGUCGACGAGCAAGGAGCAGCAUUCAUCGUUGGAUCUUGACCUAUGAAGAAGACGAAAGCAAAAAAGCGAGGACAUUGCCAUCUUCUUCCGGAUCAUUUGGGACGGACGCUGAACAAAACUGGCGAAAGCUUUGGAGGUUCUUUCUGUAAUUUUCUGCUUCUUUCAUUCGUCUUCAUAAUCUUCUCUUCAAGUUGUAAAUACAUGGAAAGAUAUGAAGGUUCGUAAUAUGAAUUCUAAUAUGAAUGAACCUUUCUCUGGCCCAAUGCUCUCCUUGCUUAAAUUGAUCUCUUCUAAUUAAUCCAUGUUAUCUCAGAAUAAUCUUUCUCAGAUAGUUCCAAAGUAGUCAACUCGACAUUCCUUAAAAUGGAGGACAGACAUACAGUUCUGAAGCAAUAGAGAAACAAAAAUCUAGCAGAUGGAGCUUGUUUGGACUCUAAUGUUAAACCAUAUUAAAGAACAUCUGUGAGAGCUUUACCUUCCUGCACUCUAUUUAAAGCCUGUUAAAGCUGGAUGAGCUGUGCUUUUACUGCAAAUUAAUUGAGGUUUAGGGAUGCACUGCAUUUGUCAGUCCUACUAAGACAGUAUAGGUUGUCACUGAUCUCCUGUCAUCUCUCAGUUCUACAAGAAAUUGUUUGGGUCAUUUCUGCAUCAAGUUCCUCCAUUAAAAUCUGUCACUGGUAUAUCUGUCAAUGCCUUCUUUUUCUUCAUUGCUCAUGCCUCAAUGAAUCAUCUGUUCUUUACAUUGUUGCUUCUUUAGGGAAUGUGUCCGUACAUUACUUCACAACAUUUCUAUCUUUGUUUGGAAUGAAGUCUAAGAACUUCUACUGGUAAAAGUACAGUUCAUUCAAUACAUAGUCGGCAUAAUAUCUUCAACUAUGACCAAGAAUGAACAUGGAGAUGCUGAAAUGUACAACUAAAGCCAAUGAUCAACCGUUCUGUAAUAAAAUUAAGAGUGUUCAUAAUCAAAAUUUGAUGAUCUAAUGUAUAUCUGGAUCUCUUAACAAAUCACAGCCAUCAUGUCCUUGUUCUUGUAGUUAUAUUUUAAUUUAUUAUGAUUUUUGGACUAAUUACGACCGGUCGAGUAUAUUAUGAUGAUUGUGCCCACGACGAUCCUCCAAUUCAGUCAUUUUUCUCAACAUAAAUUGUUGGUUUUGCAUGGUUGUAUACAUCUACAUGCAAAGUUGUAAUUUUUUUUUCAAAAACAAAGAACAUUACUAAGUUUAACUUGGAAAAUUAUGUGUUAUUUGUUCUAUGACGUUUCUACAUUAGAUAAUUCCUCAAAUGUCAGUUAGUUUGUCUAGUAUAUAUACUGAUAUAUAUGUUCAUGUCAUGUUUCCUUCUUCACAUUGUUGACAAGGAUAUGCACUUGCAUUUUGAUGGGAAGUUGGAAUGUUUUGUUUGGAGUAUAGGCAUAUCAUAUAGAUUAGAAGUUUAAGUUAGGGAAUGUUUGCACAUGUAGAGAAAUCCACACUUAGGUACCCAUGCUUUAUCUGACAUGAUAGCUUCAUAGUAAUUAAGAUGGAUUACUUGCCUAUCACAAUCAUGAUUUCUUAACUGAAUGUUCUGUACAUUGAGAAAGAUGCUUUCUUGAUUAGAUAUUCAGGAUAAUGGUCUAGUGGGGACAAAAUGUCAUUAUUGCUGUUUUAUACAUCAGGAUCAAGGCAUUGGAUCAAAGUCUUCUUUUCUUAAUUUCUUGAUUACAUGAUCAUUAAAGAUCACUAUGUAGAUUGCGAAAAAAUAUAUAUAUAUAUGGUUUUAGAUGAAGAAUUAUAGAUGGAAUAUGGGUUGAUAUAAACUGUUUCAUAGACCUGAUGGAUAGUUGAAUGUUUACACUUAUCCUACAUUAUAACAUGCUGGUUAAUCAGCUGAGAGUUCUUGGACAACCAAAGACCACCCACAUUGUUAAGCAGCUAAUCCCUGUGUGUAUUAGUCCUAAAUAAUCAUUUUUUUACUGUUAGUACGUCAAGAAUAGAAUCUUACAUUGUAAAAUAAUUUUAGAGCUGUGAUUAAUUCAAAAGGAUCUCUUGUGCAUCCUAUUCUUGGUACAAACUAUACAAUUAUCUAUUAAACUGAUAACUUGGCUAAGCAUAAGAUUCUUUUGAUGCAUAUUAAGAUAUAUGUACGGUUUCAAGCAUGGGAUGGUUAAUAUAAAUCCAUUCAUGCUGAACACACUGGAUAAGAAGCAACAACACCAAAGAGAAAGGAAUUACUCUGAUCUAAAAGAAACUUAAUAGUAUAUGUGCCAGUGAUCUACGCACAGUCGCCUCUUCAUUGACAUUUCUUUUCAUGCACAUGUUGUACUGAAAAAGGGAUUGAUGAUGAGUUUUACAAUGUACGUUCCAUUACGAGUCUAAGCUAAUUUAAUUUUAAGGUGCAAGCACUACAUACACAUAAAUUUUAGCCAUGCAGCUAUCGUACAAAUUCCAGUCAUCAGGUUGACUUAAUAGUCAUUACCGAAAUAAAUUAUGAUGAUUAGGUCACCUUUCCAAUGUUUAUAAAAGGCAUUGAUGCCUAAAGAUUCCAAUUUGUUUGUGGUUUUUGUUACAUUAUCUUAUACAUUUCUCUACCAUGACUCCUUCAGGAAUUGAUUUUUUGAAGUACUUGAAGAAAAAUUUCCAACAAACUAAGCAAAAUAUUAGCGAAAAGGUUUUAUAGUGAAUGUAUUUGAUAUAUAGAUGCAAUACUAUCAGUUCUCAAGAAGCGAUAUUGAUAUAAGCUAAUGACACAAAUACCUCUUAAUAGUUCGAGUAGAUUAAGCUUGACUGACACAGUACUUCUUUUUAAUUUUUGAUAUGCGCACAUUGAUUCCAUAAUUGUAUAGUUUAGUUGAAGCACGAAGUCGAUAUAAUGAUUUACGUUCCCUGCAUUUAAACAAUAA